GAUCUGAUCUGCCAACCCACCUUUUUUCCCAAAAAGUCUCAUAAAUCCACCAAUCAAAACACUUCAAUUAUUUCCUCAAAAAGAAAAACACUCAAGUGAUUAAGAUCCAACACUCUUAUAUAGUCCAACUCAAGAAGAGUCAAACAAACAACAUCAUCGUUCAGAUCGAAAAAAAAACAUGGAGGGAUCUCAAACGUCACAAGAUUCUGUUCAUCCUCAUCCCUAUGUUCCAAAAGACCUACAUCUUCCUGGCUAUGUUCCUUGUUUCCUCUCUCAAUCCAACAUUCUCUCUGGCUAUGGUUCCUUCUUUGUCAUCCUCUUUGCACUCACAUGGUUCUUCUCAGGACGCCUCAAGAAAACAAAAGUUGAUAGGCUGCUAAUAUUCUGGUGGGCAUUCACUGGCCUCACACACCUCAUUCUUGAGGGCUACUUCGUUUUUGCACCAGAGUUUUUCAAGGAUAAUACUGGCUUCUACCUUGCUGAAGUUUGGAAGGAAUAUAGCAAAGGAGAUUCAAGGUAUGCAGCAAGGGAUGCUGCGGUAGUAGCUGUUGAAGGACUAACAGCAGUUUUGGAGGGCCCAGCCAGUCUUCUGGCCGUAUAUGCAAUAGCUACUGGGAAAUCAUACAGCUACAUCCUUCAAUUUGCCGUUUCAUUGGGUCAGCUAUAUGGAACUGCAACAUAUUAUAUAACAGCGAUUUUGGAAGGCGAUAAUUUUUCUACAAAUUCAUUUUACUACUAUGCAUAUUACAUUGGAGCAAAUUUCUCUUGGAUUGUCAUCCCCUCGAUCAUUUCCAUUCGCUGCUGGAGGAAAAUCAGCGCUGCAUUUCGAGUUCAAAGCCAGACAAGAAAGACUAAAGUUCGUUGAUGCAGAUUUUUCAGGUUGUCAUCAGUUUUGAUGAUCUUAGAGCAAAGAAUAAUGAUGACUAAGUUUGUUUAGAUAAAGGGAAUAUUGUUAAGAAUUGUAUCAUUUGAUUCUUAUUAAAUUUGCAUAGUUUGAAAAGAGCAAUUUAGACGUUUAAUUUUAAGUCA